AUGGAGAUAGUUGGCGCUGUAGCAUCCAUCAUAACGCUCGUCGCCCUUGCAAAAGAGAUCUCCGCUCUCGCAGACAUACUCGUGCGAAACGUCCAAAAUGGCCCGGAUGAACUUUCCCAUAUCUCGAAUCAGAUCUCCCUGGUCUCCUUAGAACUUGACCUGCUCCGGCGCCUGGAGGACGAAAAGGAUGACGGCCCUCUACUGACGAAUGAAGAAGCGUGGAUCCUGAAGCAGUCACUCACCAUCGCGAACCACGAUAUCGCCGCCAUGCAUAGGGAGUACCAGAAACUGGCCCAAAGCAGGUUUAGAAAAGGGUCUCGGCUAUCGUGGGCGCAGUUCGAUAGCAAGACAUCUAGCAAUGCUUUGAAGCAGUUGCAUCGAACGGAGGGUCACUUGCUCUUGGUCUUGCAAGUUAUCAAUAUGCAAAGAACCGUCCGAGCGCACAACGAGCACGCAAGCCAAUCUGCUCUGAUCCUAGAGGAGCUGCGGAACUACCAAGCGGAAGUAACUCAAGGCUUCUUAGUUUCGCGCACAUGUAAACCGCGUACUGCAGCCUCAACCUUCGAUCCCGAAGCCAGCACCGCAUUCCGCCACCAGUACUCCUUCGAGCUGCCUCCAUCCUGGAAGCCGCUCCUCGGCAGCGACGUCCUCCUAACCACCUCGCGGAACAACUUCCAAACCGCCUACGAGUUCUUCGCUCGCCUGCCAGUCAUCACAUUCUCGGGGAAAAUGGCGUUCGUGCUCUCCUUCACGCUGCGCCACAUGUCGGGCCUGUGUCCCAAUCUUUCGAUCCUGGGCGGCGGGCUGAACUUCGUCAACAUCGUGCCGGCGGAAGCCGACGUCGUCGUGGCUUGCGAGAAGGGCGAUAUGCUUGCCGUGCACGAGCUCUUCCGCGAGAGAAAAGCGGCGCCGAACGAUAUGACGGAUGAUAACAGAACGCUGCUGUAUUACGCUGCUCAAAGCGGGUCCACGGAACUAGUUCGUUAUCUGAUCAACGCAGGGGCUCCCGUACGAUCAAAGCAGGUCCUCGCCGCAUCGUGGUGGAGACAUCCCGCCAUCGCGCGCCUCCUCCUCUGCAACGGCGCCAACGUCGAAGUCUUCGGCGCGGACGGCUUCACCGCGGCAUCGUAUCUCUACGGGCCUUUCCGCCCGCGCAUAGCGCAGACCGAAUUCGUCGAGAUCCUAGCCUGCAACUCAUUCUCGCACUUCAACGCCCAAGACACCGACGGCUGGACCGUUCUGCACCGCGCAGCCGCGUGGGGCACCGCGGCCGAUGUACGGGUGUUACUGCAGAUGAAAGCGUCGACCAGCCUGCGCACGUCUAGAUUGAACUGGACGCCGCUUUUCUGCGCUGUGUGCUACAAGAACAUGCAUACGUUGCGCGAACUGUGGGAUGAGGGGGACGAUGCUCAGCUGAAGGAGCAGCAGGACCUGCGCGGCUGGAACUUGCUGCAUGUUGCGGCGGGAUAUGCGAACUUUGAAGCUGUUCCUUUUCUGCUCGAGAGAGGCGUCGACCUGCAUAAAGUUAGUAAAGCGACGUCGAGAUUCGUUCCGAUGCCUCUUCGUGACAAAUGCGUCACGCCCACCGAGGUGGCCAGGAGCUGCGGCGAGAAGCUAUACGCGAAAUGGGUCAAGGCGUUGCGAGACGCUGGACACGAGGUAUCCUUAGAGCCCGCAGAAAUUGACUGGGACUCGGAGGAAGUCACGGGAGGAUUGGGGUUCUGUGAGUGCUGUGAAAGCUGGAAUCUUUAA